AACACCAUGAGUCCAUGACUUCUGCCGAUUCAAGUCGGGUAUAAGAUCAAGGGCAAUGUUUGUCGCUGACUUUCAGAUCAUAACAUCUAACCACCAUAUAACCAUAACCAUGAAUUACCUAGCUCUAGCGGUGAGCGCCAUGUUCGCGGCCAUACCAGGAGUAGCCGCAAGUUGUUCACCACACUACUACUCGCUCAGCCGUACACCCUCAUCGCCAAUCUCACAACCUCAUGUCCCUCAGUUUGUCAGCUACUCCUUUGAGCCGGCCUUCUGGGUCGAGUUCUUUGGCGAGCCAGACUCGCCCAGGAACCUCACCUUCACUCUCCUGAGCCACCUGUACCAGCGUGGGGCAAGGCCCAUAAUACGUGCCGGGGGCAUUACCAUGGACAGCAUGGUCUUUGACGCCAAUCAAAAAGAAUCUGUCGUGCGGACUGAGAAUGAGAAAGGUGGGAUAUACAGGACCACGAUCGGACCAGCAUUCUAUGACGCGUGGAACAACUUCCCCCGCGGCACAACCUUCGUCUCGACGCUCAAUUUCGGCAACAACUCGGUUGACAUUGCUCGGGGGCUCGCGAAUGCUUCGUACACAUAUCAGCGGGACAAGAUCGUCUACUACGAACUGGGCAACGAGCCCACAAACUACCCAACCAGUCGCUGGAACCGCAGCACCCAGGCCUACGUUGCACAAUGGCAAGACUUCACCCGGCAAAUCGACCUCGCCACGAACGGCACCAGCCAUGGGAAAUGGUGGGCGUCCAGCGCCACGACCGACGUGACGGGCCUCCACGUCCGCCCCAGCGACCUCAUACCCGCGGGGAUCAACUCAACAGGCCAAGUCGGGCAGUACUCGAUCCACUCGUACGCCUUCGCAACAUGCGACCCGGCACGGGAGCGGCGGGCGACCAUCAGCAACCUGCUCAACCACACGGACCUGGCGCGGUACGCCGACGACGAGAUCUAUCCCUCCGCCAAAGCCGCCAUGGACUCGGGCGCCGAGUGGGUGAUUGGGGAGUUCAACUCGAUCGCGUGCAGCGGGAAACCCAACGUGUCGGACACCUUUGCGCAGGCGCUGUGGACCGCCGACGUCGAGCUGCUCUACGCCGUGCGCAACGCCACCAGCGUGCAUCUCCACCAGGGCGCUACUUUGGUGUUUCAGUCCGACCAGCAGCUCAACACCCCCGGCGACGACGGCACCCCGGGCUUCAGCAGCUACUCGCUCCUGUACCCCAUCGACUCGUCCAAGCGCGGGCCCGCACGUGUGUUGCCAGUCUUUGUGUCGCAGCUGCUGGUGACUGAGGCAUUGCUGGAGGGUGGCUCGGAAAGGAAGAGGAUCGCGGCGCUGCCGACCCCGCAGGGGCUGGCUCAGAGUGAAUUCUCUGCGUAUGCCAUCUUUGGCGAAGGAGAAGAGUUGGAGAAGCUGGUCAUUCUGAACAUGAAGCCGUUCUAUGCGGGACAUGCAAGCCCACCGGGGGUGGUCUACCUUGAUAUUGGCAAGCACGACGGUGCAGCGGUCAAGCGGAUGACUGCACCCUCGGUAGACGAGAAGGACGCAGCCAAGGUGACGUGGGCGGGACAGUCGUUUAGGGACGGAUUUGCUGCCGGAGAGCUCCAGGUGGAGGAACUGGGAAGAAAUGAGAAGGUAUGGAUCCGAGACAGUGAAGCAGUUCUCGUUACAUUCAAUAGGGCUGGCCUUCAUUCCCUGAAUGGGAUGCAGGGAGCAAAAGGUCAUUGAUUUGCAAAAAUAUGGUACUUCCAUUUACUAGUGCAUUCCCACCCAAGUUCAAGUACCAUUUUACGUGGGGAAACCGGUUCCGCUCAGACGGUCGCAAACGACUGUGUAGUCCACAUUGCCAAGGCUUAUACCAUCGUACGUAGGGUUCUGGAACUAGA